AUGGCAGACUCUGAUGCGCAAGAGACUCGCCAACCUGCAAAAGACUCGCCGUUCUCCAUAAAGAACCUGCUGAACAUCGAAGACAAACCCACGAAGCCUAAAACUGUCCUCGCCUCAUCUAAAGGAGUGUUUGAAGGCAGCCUCUUCUCUCGGCUCGGUGACUUAUCUUUCCCUCGGUUUGAGUUGCCCACACAGAGAAUUGGACUAUCAGCGCAGUAUUUGGAAAGAGCGUCUACCUGGUGGUAUCCGUACACGCUCGGGACUCAUCUGAGGACUGGAGGGUCGGAGAAGGCCAACCUGAGGGAACCCUUGUCUGUACAUGACAGGCGCUCCCCUGAUCUCCAGAAAAGUGACCAAGAUGCCAAAGAGGAAAGCGCUGACGACGACAUCGCACUAGAUGAAAGUGACGCAGAAGAGCCAAAAAAAGACACAGACCAGGAGGACGACUGGAAGAGAAAAACAGACGAUCUGGACUCCGACAAGAAACCUUGUAGGAAGAAGAAGACGCGCACUGUGUUCUCCAGGAGUCAGGUCUUCCAGCUGGAGUCCACCUUCGACAUCAAGCGCUACCUGAGCAGCUCGGAGAGAGCAGGCCUGGCCGCGUCACUGCAUCUGACAGAGACGCAGGUCAAAAUCUGGUUUCAGAACCGGAGGAAUAAGUGGAAAAGGCAGCUGGCCGCGGAGCUGGAGGCGGCCAACUUGAGCCAUGCGGCGGCGCAGAGGAUUGUGCGGGUACCCAUACUUUACCACGAGAACGGAGCCCCAGAGACAACAGGGGGUCCCGCUGGAAACUCACCAGGCAGUCAGUCUCUGCUGGCUUUUCCCCAUCACAUGUACUAUUCCCACCCUGUCCCGCUUCUCAGGCCUGUUUAA